GUUCAAUGACGUCAUCAUCAUAUCUAAAUAAUGCACAACACUAUAAAAGUUACAAUAAAUGUAAAAGAUGUGACAGUUUAUCUAAACAAGGCAUUACAGAUAUACUAAGACAAUUAAAUAGAAAUGUCUAUUCCUGAGUGGCUAACAAAAAAUUAUAUAGAAGAAGUCUUGAAAGUCUAUUACAAAGAUCUAACAUUAAAAAUAGAAAAUUUUGAAAUAAAACCAGCAUUUGGAAAAGGUGAAAAUUAUGGUGGAUUUUUGACAAAAGCCCAUGUGUUAUUUACAUUAAAUAAGGGAAAACAACAACAAGAAAAUCAUUUUAUCUGCAAGACCUCAUACGAAGAAGAUGAAUUUGCUCAAGAAAAAAUGAAACCUUAUGAUAUUUUUAAUCGUGAAAUGUCAAUAUAUGAACAAGUUUUACCCAAACUGAAUGCUUUACUAAAGGAAAUCAAUGAUAAAGAUCGUCUAUUCCCUAAUGUGUUUCAUGUGGAUUACAAGAGACAGGCUCUCAUAUUCGAAGAUCUAACAGUGCAGGGUUAUGUUAUGGCUAAUCGCAUAGAAAGGUUAGAUAUGGAUCAUAUUAAACUUGUUUUAUGCAAAUUAUCUAAAAUGCAUGCUACCUCAGCGGUUUUAAAUGAACGUGAGAGAGGUUGUUUGGAAAAAUAUGAUCGUGGAUUUUUUAAUAAAUAUACCGAUACUUAUAAAACCUUUUUCGUAAACACCUUUCUAUGUUGUGCUCGUUAUUUGCAAAAAUUAAAUGAUGAAAAUUCUCGUAAAUAUGCCGAGAAAAUGCUUGCCUUGGGACCACAUUAUAUGGAUAUUGGCAGGCGCUGUUUUGCCCCCACAAAUGGUCACGUAAAUGUUUUAACUCAUGGCGAUGUCUGGACUAAUAAUGUUAUGUUUAAGUAUUGCGCUAAAACGGGAAAACCUUUAGAUGUUUUACUAAUAGAUUUCCAAUAUUCAUUUUGGGGUUCUCCGACGUUGGAUUUACAUCACUUUUUUAAUACCUCUAUAAAAGAACCCUUAAGACUUAAUCAUCAAGAUGAUUUAUUUCAAAUGUAUCAUCAGUUUUUUACGGAUAUUUUAAGAAAAUUUAAGUAUAAAUCGAAUUCUAUACCCAACUUGAAACAAUUUAGAUUGCAUGCUGAACAAAAGAGAUUUUUUGCUGUUCACUGUUCUGUAAUUCUUCAAGCUGUCAUGUUGAAUGAAGAUCCUACAGAUGCUGAUUACAAUUCUCUAAUGGGUGAAGAUGAUCGUGCCAUGAGUUUUAAAAGUCGUUUAUAUAAUAAUCCAACAAUUCAGGAAAAUUUGAAGAAUCUUUUACCACUAUUUGAUAGAAGAGGACUUUUGGAUAUCAAUCAAUAAAUUUUUAACUAAACUUAA